CCGACUCUCCGCCGCCCGGAGCUCAUCUCCAAACCACCGAAUCCCAUCUUUCACCGGGAGACUGACUUCUUUACACUCCUGACACUUUUCCUCGCCUUGUCUUCCCACUUGUAUCCCCUCUUUAAAGCGGAUUCACAGAUUAAACUUAAUUCGGACAGAUGCUGGAUGGAUUCUGUUUUUUAUGCGCUUUUUUUUUCGUUUCGGUGCGUAAAAGUUUGCCAAGUGGGUUAGUGGACGAACUGGAGGACUGACAAGGAGAAGUCUUUGGAAGUAAGGGGGUAGUCUGUGGGUUUAAAGAGAGGAGGUUAAGUGGUUGAAAGCUCGGUUUUGUGUUUGGUUCGAUGUGUCCGGAGCGGCCGGUUAAAGCGCAGGAACACCGGGAACAAGCAGAGAGAGAGAGAAAGAGAGAGAGAGGCAGAGGAGAGAGAGCUGAGAUCAGCGGGGUCUGCAGGGACUCACCGGCUGCUGGACGUCCAUGUCUCCGCUGCACACCGGCACCGAGGUUUCUACUUCCUGUGACAUCAUCACAUCAUGCCUGAGGGGUCACGGAGAGGCAGCCAGAGAUCGCCUAGCAACACAGCCGCCAAGCGUCCCUCCUCGGUCUCGUCUCUGAGUGGGAUUGUUGGUCGGAUGAUGUCAUCCGGCGAUCGAGGAGCCUCGUCCUCCUCCUGCACCUCGGUCAACACCGCCUGCUCUGACGGCGAGCGUCCCGCCUCCCUCUCCUCCUCUGCGUCCUCUGCAUCCCUGCAGGACACUUCCCACUCGUCCUCCUCUUCCUCGUCCUCCUCUUCCUCCUCUCUGCCGUAUGGCGCCGUGCCGACCUACAACGCCUCCUCGACGUCCUCCACGCCGAAGAGGAACGGCUCCGACAUCAGCCUGGACCUGACUCCUCUUGUCACGCCCCAUGGAGGAGGAGUCCCUGGAGGAGGAGGAGGAGUUUGUGUGGUCAAGGCGUCAAGUGGCGGCCACACCCAUAAUGGACAAGUAGCCAAUCAGGCGGCAGCAGCAGCAGCAGCGGCGACGCCCAGGCAGCUCUCCCGGCUGGAGCGAGUCAUUCUGGAGAUCGUAGAGACAGAACAAGCGUACGUCAGAGAUCUGAAGAGCAUCGUGGAGGAUUACCUCGGCUGCAUCAUCGACUGUGGCACUCUGCCGUUAAAACCGGAGCAGGUCAGCACUCUGUUCUGCAACAUCGAGGACAUCUACGAGUUCAACAGGUGAGGCCCCUCCUUCAUGUGUAACACAAACUGAGAAAACAGCUGUUUGCAUUGUAGCGCUGGUAAAUAGAGUUUUGUGCAGCAGGUGACCUGCAGAGAGAAUCGACAUGCAGCAGUGAGUUUGGAGGAGGUGUGAAGGUGUUGCAUCAACAGUUUGUGACUUAAGAUAUGAGAGCAGUCUGAGUAUUUAGUUUGUGAUUCAUGUUGUGAUGUUUCAUCUGAGGCGACAUCAAGUCGUCUUUAACGUUUGUGGACUGAUCAGUGUGAACAGAAAGUGCAGCCAGGAGCAUCCUGUAACUUUACAUGUGAUGUUAGAAUCUGUUCCAUCAUGUGGAUGAUUUCUGUGCAUCUGAGUGUGGAAAGUAUCUUGUGGGUAACAGAGUCUCAUAAACACAGACAGAGAAAAAAGCUGCCGGUGGAAACCUUCAUACACGCACAGAUAAACUGAGCAAGGCACUGAGGCUGCCAGAGCCGCGGGUUUGAUUCCCACCGGGACGAUUCCGCACUGAAAAAAAAAGAAAAGUGCUUGUCUGGAGGUUUUCUGUGUGUGUGUGUGUGGGGGGGAGUGUACAGCAGCUGUUGAGCUCAUAUGAGGAAACCAGAAUCUUCAAGUUUACAGAACGAGGGGGAGAGAGAGAGAAGGCAGAGAGAGGGGGAGUGAGAGAGAAAGAGAUAG